GAAAGGGAAAAGAAAAUAUUAAAAAAAGAGGAAGUUGAAGGAAAAGAUAACGGAUAAAGUGAAGGUGGAAUCUCGCAUCGGAAAGCACUGCGAAAAAAAUUCAGUGCAUAAAUUGUUGUUCAUCGACUUCAAAACCCUAGAUUCAUCAUUCAAUUCGCAGUGGUAAACUCAGAAGAUGGAUCAAUUGAACAACGGCGCGAUGUAUCAAUCAAAUUACCUUUCAAAUCAUUGUUUAGCAGAGUUAAAUCAGCUGCCUUCUGAUGUUGCCAUACCUCCUAAUGGCUUCCAUUCUGAAUCCAGCACUAAACAACAGCCAGAAGCAGAACUCAAAGACUCUUUGGCUGCAAGAAAAGUGCAGAAGGCAGAUCGAGAAAAAUUAAGGAGGGACCGCUUAAACGAGCAGUUCAUGGAAUUAGGAAAGACUCUUGAUCCUGAUAGGCCUAAAAAUGACAAAGCAUCCAUCCUUAGUGAUACCGUUCAAAUGCUGAAGGAUUUGACUGCUCAGGUUAGCAGACUAAAAUCUGAGUAUGCUGCACUUACUGAUGAAAGCCGUGAGCUGACCCAGGAGAAGAAUGAUCUUAGAGAAGAGAAGGCAUCUCUUAAAUCUGAUAUUGAGAGCCUUAAUGCCCAAUAUCAACAAAGAGUAAGGACUAUGUAUCCAUGGGCCGGGAUGGAUCAUUCCAUGGUCAUGCAUCCACCUUCAUAUUCGUAUCCGAUGCCUGUUCCGGUUCCAGCUGGACCAGUUCCAAUGCAUCCAUCUCUGCAGCCCUAUCCUUUCUUCAGCAAUCAAAAUCCUGCAGUUGUUCCAAACCCCUGUUCAUCUUUUCUUCAAUACAUGACUCCCAAUACGUUAAUUGAACAGCAAUCGGCUCAGUAUAUGUCUCCGAUAAUCCAACCUGGUAGUAUGACCAGACAAGACUCUAGAAAUAAGUCAUCAGAUCAAGGAGAGAGCAGGAUUGACAAAAGUGAAGAUUCCAAUGAAGUGGCAACAGAUUUAGAGCUCAAGACACCUGGAUCUGCAUCUGAUCAGGACCUUUCAUCUGGACAAAGGAAAUCCAAAAGGAUGUCAAAGAAGGAUAACAGCCUCACAGAUGGAAGUUCGUCUAGUAGAUGUUCGUCAUCCCAUAGUGUACAGGCCAUUUCUUCAAAUAGUGUAGUUAGGGGAACAAAGACAGAUGAUUGACAUUUGGGACAGAGUGGAAUCAGGUUAUUACCAUUUUUAUUACUUCUCUUUGGUCUGCUCCAUCUGUUUUAUCAAAAGGUUUACAAUACAGAGUGAGGAAGCUGUUGCUGGUGCAAUGGGUUCUGAAUUUGGAUUUCUCUUUUUAUUUCCCUAACAGUUCUAAGGGGGUUGUGACAUGGAUGCUAGCGCUGUUGUUUCUGGAAAAUAAUAUCGAAUCUAGCUCUAGUGUCCAUGAAAGUACUGGUGUUACAUAAUGCCAGAAAAUUCACCAUCA